AUGACUGCUAAUGAGGUGGAACGUACCAAGGAGGGCGUUCCGAAGUGGGAUGGCAGUGCAAACACGUUUACUGCAUAUGAGGAAGCUUGUUACCUCUACGAAGCUGGAACGGAGAUGCAUAAACGAGCCUUGUGCGGACCUCGACUGGUCUCGGAGCUGAGUGGGGCAGCGAAGAGAAUGGUGUCGGGACGGAGUCCGACCUGGGUGCCCAAUUGCCGCGGGGUGCGAGUGCUGUUGGAGUUUCUUCGUCAGUGUCUGGGGAAACCGCAAAUCCCAGAGAUGACAGAGCAUCUAUCCAAGUACUUCCAGCACUGCCGUCGUAGAGCACAAGAGUCUAUGAACGAAUAUAUUACUCGGAAGGCAGAGGCUCUGCAGCGUGUGAUUGCAAGCCAGAAGAAGAAGCCCGGAACACAGAAGGUUAAUCCUUCCUCCGAGGAACCCGGAGGCCGUCAGGAUGCCUGGAACUGGUAUCCCAGCAGGAGGACCAGUGUGGGCAGCACCAAGCCAGAAGAGCAGGCCGAUGACCAAGGCGAGACGGUCAGCACCCGGGACACCUGGCAGGACUGGCAGAGUCAGGGCACAUCGUGGUCUUGGUCCUAUGGGAAUUGCGACCCCUACUACUACGGGGGAACGUGGGGCAGGUGGUCUUCUCCCUAUGACUACGGCAGCUGGUGGCGCAGCAAGCCGGAAGCAACGGAACCCAAGGAAGCGCCCAACAAGGCUAUGAAGGUGGAUGAGGCCCAUGAAGAGCAAGCACCUUUUGUCUGUUUCGGUGACCAUGGCGCAGUGGGGUUCGCGCUCUUCAUGGGGAUGCUCGGAUUCAUGAUGUGGAUGUGGACAACACCCCCCACCUUCGGCUUCGGCAAUUCCAGUUCGGAUCGUUGUGUCAGCACCGUGAGCGUGGGCUUGAAAGCCGAUGGGAAGGAUGGUGAAAUGACUAUCCAUGCUCCCAACAAAGGGGAGGGCCCGAUUUUACUUUCAGUGGCCACCUUGAGGAAGUUGGGUGCGGUUUUGGAUUUCGAGAAUGAUCUUGUGGUGUUUCGUCGUUUGAAUCGGAAAAAGAUCAUCAAGGUGGGCCGCUCAGCUACGGGGCACCAGACUCUGUCGCUGAAAGACGAUCUGUACAACAAUGCUAAAGAAUGCCUAUCUCGACGAGCCCUCAUCAUGGACCGCAUCACCAAGGACGAGAUGCUCCGGAUGUUGGUCGAGAUCGGCGAACACCUUCCAGACAACUGGACAAAGGCUCAAGUCCAGCACCGACUGGAGGGAGCCUACCAGGCCCGCGGCAUCGAUGUGAAUGCUGCCUUCAAGAAGCAGAAAACUCCACUUCGUACCAAGAUCAUCCAGCUCAACACGGCUUCCAGAAAGAAGGCCGAGUUGAUCAAGCUGCUCCAGGAAGAGUACAUGAUGGAUGUGAAUCCCCUCCAGACGGUGAAGCAGCUCCAGGCGAAGGGUCUGGACUACAUCUACGAGCACACCGCCUGCCACCCGGACGAUCAGGUGUGUUUCGGGAGGCACGCCCAGAUGACGUAUCACGAACUUCGGAGCAGCUACCCGCAGUACUGCGAUUGGGUGAUGAAGACAAGCCGCGAGGAGAAAGACUGUUCGAUUCACCUACGGCGAUUGGCCAUGUGGUUGGAGCAGGAGAAGAUGCAGCCCAUCCAGGUCGACAUGAACUCGAUGACAGGGGGCCUCAAGGAGCCACCGCCGGAAGAGCCCCGAUCAUCUACGGAGCUUGCAAGUCGACCCAAGGCCAAGGCGAGCCCGAAAAAGUCGGGCUACAAGACAAAAGGGGAGGCAUCCGCCUCCGCCGCGGCCAGCGAGACCUCCAUCAAGACCGAGGUGCUACAGGAUUUGGUGCAGUCAGCGCUACGCGAGGAGGUGGCGACCCCUGAAGGGAG